ACUGGUAAUAUAACUAGUAUAUUUAAUUAAUUACUACUUUUAAAUAGUCUUGAUCAAAUAUAAAAUGUCAAUUGACCUGUACUCGUUCAAUAAGAGCAACUAUUGCCGUGCGGUACUCAUGACCUCCAAACAGCUGGACAUUGAUCUGAACGUGAUUGAAAUUAACCCUGGUCCCGAGAUAUGGAGCGCACAAUUUCUCAAGGUAAACCCAAACCACAAUCUGCCGACUUUGGACGACAAGGGGUUUGUUUUAGUGGAAAGCCGAGCAAUAAUGCAAUACCUGUGCAAUCAGUACCGGCCGGACAGCACUCUAUACCCGCGCGAGCCUAAGGCCCGGGCGCUCGUCGACCGGUGGCUUAACUUUGAUUUUACACUAAUGGAGUCAUCCAAACAGGGAGUGUUAUGGAAACUGUUGACGGGUGCGGACCCACCGGCCGAGAAAGUGUUGGCCUUUAAACACAAUCUAAAACUGUUUGACCAGUUGUUGGGCGACAAUCAUUACGCCACCGGCGCAGAGCACUUGACUAUCGCCGACCUGACACUACUGGCCUCUCUGUCUAUACUGUUGGCCAUACACUACGAUCUGAGCGACUGUCCAAACGUCGAGCGCUAUCUAAACACCCUGUCCAAAGAGUUGCCAUAUUUUGCCUCAAUUAACCUAGAUCCAUUUACUCCCGAAAGCACAGCCGAGUGGGCGGCCAGUAUGCUGGCCUUCAAAAACAAUCUGAAACUGUUUGACCAGUUGUUGGGCGACAAUCAUUACGCCACCGGCGCUGAGCACUUGACUAUUGCUGACCUGACACUACUCGCCUCAACUGCCGUAUUGUUGGCCAUUCACUACGAUUUGAGCGACUGUCCAAAUAUCGAGGGUUACCUAACCACGUUGUCUAAUAAGUUGCUAUAUUAUGCCAUGAUCAAUUUGAAACAAUAUUCACCCAAAGCUACGGCAAAGUGGGUGGACGAUAGUCAAAAAUAUAUUCGUCGCAAAAUGGAA